AUGACAGACAAAAAGACCCCCUCCAUAACCAAAACUGACGUCGAAAUCGGCCAAAUCUCCUCCCUCGAUGAAGCCGAAAUCUUCCUCCAUGAAAAUGGCAUCUCCCACGCUCAGCUGCAGGAAAUGCUCGACGAUCCGGUCCGGUGCAAGAAGCUGCGUCGCCGGAUUGAUCUGAUUCUGCUGCCGCUGCUGUGUGGGACGUAUGUGCUGCAGUAUAUUGAUAAGCAGGCGCUGUCGUAUAGUGCGGUGUUUGAUUUGUUUACGGAUGCGCAUAUUAAUAGUGAGGAGUAUAGUUGGUUGGCGAGUAUUUUCUACUUUGGGUAUCUGUUCUGGGAGUAUCCGGCGAGUUAUAUUGCCCAGCGACUGCCCAUUGGAACUGUGAUUUCGGUCUUUGUACUAUGCUGGGGCUCCAUCCUCAUGAUAACCGCCAGCUGCCAAAACUUCACCGGCCUGGGCAUCUGCCGCUUCCUGCUGGGCUGCUUCGAAGCCCCCAUCACCCCCUGCUUCAUGAUGAUCGUCGGCAUGUGGUAUACACGCCAGGAGCAGCCAUUCCGAGCAGGCUGCUUCUACUGCUGCAACGGGGUGGGCUCGAUGGUGGGCGGUCUGCUCACGUUUGGCAUUGGCCAGAUGAAUGGGUUUCCGGUGUGGAGGGCGAUUUUCUUAAUCUGUGGUGGUGCGACGGUUGUCUGGGGAGGGGUGUUGAUGGUGUUUUUGCCGAAUAGUAUUCUUUCGGCGAGGAGGUUUAGUGUUGAGGAGAAGGUGGUGCUGGUUGGGAGGGGGAUGCGGAAUCAGACGGGCAUUCUGAAUCGCUCGAUUAAAUGGUAUCAGAUCAGAGAGGCGUUUACCGAUCCCCAAGUCUGGCUUUUAUUUCUUUUUACCCUGCUGAAUGAGACUAUCAACGGAGGCAUCGCCAAUUUCGGCAAACUCAUCAUCAAAGGCCUCGUGUCUAAGCCCCUUCUAACAACAGCCCUUGGUAUCCCCCAAGGCGCAUUCCAGGUCUUUUUCAUCCUCUCCGGCUCAUACCUCGCGACUCGAUUCACAAAGGUUCGCACGUACAUUAUGGCCAUCUACCUGAUCCCCACGGUCAUCGGCAUCUGUCUUCUCUGGCAGCUUCCGAGGACGAACAAAUACGGUGUUUUAUUCGGCUAUUACAUUACCGGCUCCUACGUCUCCUCCCUCGUCCUCGCCCUCCAAAUGCCCGCCAGCAACAUGGGCGGCUACACCAAGCGCGUCACCGCAACCGCCUUCGUGUUUCUGGCAUACUGUAUAGGGAAUAUCAUCGGGCCGCACGCCUUUCUGGCAGAUGAAGCGCCGAUCUACCAGUCGGGCUGUAAGUUGAUUCUGGCGUGCGCGUUGUGUCAGAUGUGUUGUGCGGUUUCGUUGCGGGUGUUGCUGGUGAAGAGGAAUAAAACCAGGGAGAGGGGUGUUGUUGAUGCUGGUGAGGCUGGAGAUGGAGAGGUUUUGGCUGAUUUGACGGAUUUUGAGAAUUCGAGGUUUCGGUAUGUUUUGUAG